AUGUCCAGUCAGUGUGCCCCCCAGCCAUGUCCAGUCAGUGUGCCCCCCAGCCAUGUCCAGUCAGUGUGCCCCCCAGCCACGUCCAGUCAGUGUGCCCCCGGGCCACGUCCAGUCAGUGUGCCCCCAGCCAUGUCCAGUCAGUGUGCCCCCAGCCACGUCCAGUCAGUGUGCCCCCGGGCCACGUCCAGUCAGUGUGCCCCCAGCCAUGUCCAGUCAGUGUGCCCCCAGCCAUGUCCAGUCAGUGUGCCCCCAGCCACGUCCAGUCAGUGUGCCCCCGGCCAUGUCCAGUCAGUGUGCCCCCAGCCAUGUCCAGUCAGUGUGCCCCCAGCCAUGUCCACCAUGUCCAGUCAGUGUGCCCCCAGCCAUGUCCAGUCAGUGUGCCCCCGGGCCACGUCCAGUCAGUGUGCCCCCGGCCACGUCCAGUCAGUGUGCCCCCCAGCCAUGUCCAGUCAGUGUGCCCCCAGCCAUGUCCAGUCAGUGUGCCCCCAGCCAUGUCCAGUCAGUGUGCCCCCAGCCAUGUCCAGUCAGUGUGCCCCCAGCUAUGUCCAGUCAGUGUGCCCCCAGCCAUGUCCAGUCAGUGUGCCCCCAGCCAUGUCCACCAUGUCCAGUCAGUGUGCCCCCCAGCCAUGUCCAGUCAGUGUGCCCCCAGCCAUGUUCAGUCAGUGUGCCCCCCAGCCAUGUCCAGUCAGUGUGCCCCCAGCCAUGUCCAGUCAGUGUGCCCCCAGCCAUGUCCAGUCAGUGUGCCCCCCAGCCAUGUCCAGUCAGUGUGCCCCCUCUGUAAACCACCGCUGA